UGCGCAUGUUGGUCAGUCGUGUUUUAAAGAGUACAUUGCGGGGAGGCUGAGAGGGGCGCAUGCAACAACAACUUUUGGAAGGGCUAGGCCAGAGAGCCAGCUCCCUUCUCUGAAGAAGGGAUCAGAAGGACCCUGCAGUUGCCAAUGGGCAGCCAUCCAUGGGAGCGAGUGGACUGAGCUUUGCCCUCUCUGAGGUGGAGGGUAGGGUGCGAAGGUGCUGAAGGACAAAGUAGACAAAGCCCCUUUCUGUCUCCCAGGAUCCCCUUGAUUAUUCUGGCUGCUGUGUGGAUCUUGGAUUAUGAGGGAGCCAUAGCGGAAGCUGGAAGAUGAAUGAGGAGUCCUGCAAGAGAUGAGACUGGCUUGGACCAGUAUGGUAGCAGUAGAGAUAGGGGAAAGAUGGAAGAGAAGAGGCGAAAGUACUCCAUCAGCAGCGACAACUCUGACACCACUGACAGUCACGCUACAUCUGCAUCAAGAUGCUCCAAACUGCCCAGCAGCACCAAAUCAGGCUGGCCCCGGCAGAACGAAAAGAAACCCUCAGAGGUUUUCCGGACAGACUUGAUCACAGCCAUGAAGAUUCCAGACUCAUACCAGCUCAGCCCGGAUGACUACUAUAUCCUGGCAGACCCAUGGCGACAGGAAUGGGAGAAAGGUGUGCAGGUGCCCGCCGGGGCAGAGGCCAUUCCAGAGCCCGUGGUGAGGAUUCUUCCACCAUUGGAAGGCCCCCCUACCCAGGUGUCCCCUAGCGGCUCCGAACUUGGUGAGGGCUCCCAGCCUGAUUGGCCAGGGGGCAGCCGCUAUGACCUGGACGAGAUUGAUGCCUACUGGCUGGAACUCAUCAACUCGGAGCUCAAGGAGAUGGAGAGGCCAGAGCUGGAUGAGCUGACGCUCGAGCGCGUGCUGGAGGAGCUGGAGACUCUGUGCCACCAGAACAUGGCGCGGGCCAUCGAGACGCAGGAGGGGCUGGGCAUCGAGUAUGAUGAGGAUGUCGUCUGUGACGUGUGCCGCUCUCCCGAGGGUGAAGAUGGCAACGAGAUGGUCUUCUGCGACAAGUGCAACGUCUGCGUGCACCAGGCAUGCUACGGGAUCCUCAAGGUGCCCACGGGCAGCUGGUUGUGCCGGACGUGUGCCCUGGGUGUCCAGCCGAAGUGCCUGCUCUGCCCCAAGCGAGGAGGAGCCUUGAAGCCCACUAGAAGUGGGACCAAGUGGGUGCACGUCAGCUGCGCUCUGUGGAUUCCUGAGGUCAGCAUCGGGUGCCCCGAGAAGAUGGAGCCCAUCACCAAGAUCUCGCAUAUCCCAGCCAGCCGCUGGGCUCUGUCCUGCAGCCUCUGCAAGGAGUGCACGGGCACCUGCAUCCAGUGUUCCAUGCCUUCCUGCGUCACGGCAUUCCACGUCACAUGCGCCUUUGACCACAGCCUGGAAAUGAGGACUAUAUUAGCAGACAACGACGAGGUCAAGUUCAAGUCGUUCUGCCAGGAGCACAGUGAUGGGGGCCCACGGGGUGAAACCACGUCCGAACCCGUGGAGCCCAGCCCAGCCAGCGAGGACCUGGAGAAGGUGACCCUGCGCAAGCAACGGCUGCAGCAGCUGGAGGAAGACUUCUAUGAGCUGGUGGAGCCGGCCGAGGUGGCCGAGCGCCUGGACCUGGCUGAGGCGCUGGUCGACUUCAUCUACCAGUACUGGAAGCUGAAGAGGAAAGCCAACGCCAACCAGCCACUGCUGACGCCCAAGACCGACGAGGUGGACAACCUGGCCCAGCAGGAGCAGGACGUCCUCUACCGCCGCCUGAAGCUCUUCACGCACCUGCGGCAGGACCUGGAGAGAGUUAGAAAUCUGUGCUACAUGGUGACAAGGCGCGAGAGAACGAAACACGCCAUCUGCAAACUCCAGGAGCAGAUAUUCCACCUGCAGAUGAAACUUAUUGAACAGGAUCUGUGUCGAGAGCGGUCUGGGAGGAGAGCAAAGGGCAAGAAGAGCGACUCGAAAAGGAAAGGCCGCGAGGGUCCGAAGGGCAGCCCCGAGAAGAAAGAGAAAGUGAAGGCAGGGUCCGACUCAGUCCUGGGGCAGCUUGGCCUGUCCACUUCAUUCCCCAUCGACGGCACCUUCUUCAACAGCUGGCUGGCGCAGUCGGUGCAGAUCACGGCAGAGAACAUGGCCAUGAGCGAUUGGUCGUUAAACAAUGGGCACCGCGAGGACCCUGCUCCGGGGCUGCUGUCGGAGGAGCUGCUGCAGGACGAGGAGACGCUGCUGAGCUUCAUGCGGGACCCCUCACUGCGACCUGGCGACCCUGCCAGGAAGGCCCGUGGCCGCACCCGCCUGCCUGCCAAGAAGAAACCACCACAGGAUGGGCCCGGUUCACGGACGACUCCAGACAAAACCCCCAAGAAGCCCUGGGGCCAGGAUGCUGGCAGCGGCAAGGGGGGUCAGGGGCCACCUGCCAGGAAGCCACCACGGCGAACGCCUUCUCACCUGCCGUCCAGUCCUACAGCCGAGGACUGUCCCGUCCCAGCAGCUCCCGAGAGCCCCCCACCGCUGGCCCCCGAGACCCCGGACGAGGCAGCCCCAAUGGCUGCCGACUCGAAUGUCCAAGUGCCUGGCCCUACGGCGAGUCCCAAGCCCUCAGGCCGGCUCCGGCCGCCCCGCGAGAGCAGGGGAACCCGGAGAUCGCCAAGUGCCAGGCCUGAUGCCGGGACAGGACCGCCUUCUGCUGUGGCCGAGAGGCCAAAGGUCAGCCUACACUUUGACACUGAGACUGAUGGCUACUUCUCUGACGGGGAGAUGAGCGACUCAGAUGUGGAGGCCGAGGACAGCGGGGUGCAGCGGGGUCCCCGGGAAGCAGGGGCUGAGGAGGUGGUCCGCAUGGGGGUACUGGCCUCCUAAGUCACCCCCUACCCCUGUCCUGGGCCCUGCCCUGGUCCGCCCACGAGGCCUCAGCCCAGUCACAACUGCCAUUUCCAAUCUCUGCUGAGUGUCUCAGACCCUCGAGGCUGCCACUCUGUUGUGGUUUUAUUUUUAAUAUAAAGAGAGUUUCGAAUUCCACACUAUUGUCUUUCCUCUGUGCUGGCCUAGGACAUUAGGAUUCCUUACAUGGCUCUGGCCACAAGGACCACACCAGGUCCUGUGGCACCAUCCCUGCCGCGGCAGCAUCCCCGCCCGGCCCACGCGGUAUUGCUGGGCUCCUGGCUACACGUAGGCAAGGUGAAGAAGAGCUCAGGACUCCAGCCCGCUGCCACUGGGUGACACAGAGUGUCAUUUGGGCAUUAUUAUGGCAGAUGGGCCAGCCCAGGGCCUGUCCCACCUUGCCCCCAAAUCCCACUGGGGUCCAUCUGGGGGGUCCUGCUGCACUCCACUGAUCCCCAAGGAAGUAUAAUAAGUGAUACCCAGCCAGAGUCUACUCACUGUCACAAGCACAACGAGCUUAUACGAGAAAGCACUGAGGGGGCGAAGAGGGCCUGCUGGUUCCAAGGGAACCACAGCCGUUCCUGAUCAACCCACAUCAUCUGAGGCCUGCCCGCCCACCCUGUGACCCUCCACUCCCUUGCUGCUCUGCCCCUGCCAGUGCCCAGCCCGGCGGCUCUGGGAAGGGCUUCCCAGAAUCCUUCCUGAGCUGUGCCGUUUUCUCAGGGGACUCCCAGCCAGCCAGCCGCCAGUGCCGGCGGAGGGCUGUGAGGGAGGGCCAGUGCCCAGAUGGGGGGCGUGGGGCUCAGACUCGCCCACUGCAGAGAAUCGCUCUGGGACUCCAACUUUCCUUCCUUCCUUUGGGGCCAGUCUCGGCCGAGGUCUGAUCACUCCCAGAUAGCUGACCAGACCAGACCACUUGCCUUUUCAAGUUUCCCAGUCCUGCUAAGAGAUGAGCUUCUUCCUCGGUUUCCUUUUGGAAACUCCUCUUUCCAACAAGCAGUGGGAUCCCGGGGCCCAGGACGUGUCAGUGACGGCCGGCUGGGGCUGUUUUAAGUCUUGAUGGAUCUUCCUGGUUCUCUCUCUCCCUCCGAGCCUUAACCCCCUUUCCCAGCCAUUCCCUCCCUCCCCCCCAUCACCGUCCUGCCUUUCCACCCCCCCCUCUAGGUCCCCGGUAGUAGCUCUGAGGAGUUUCAGUGGAGUGGCCCCAGGGUGACAGCUCAGGAACAAACAAAAAAAGGAAUCAGUGAAAAUGUGUUUUUCUUUCUUUUAUGAAUUACUCGUGGAUCACUUCUGCCACUGGUAAAGCCAGAACUUCUCCAACAAGAACCUUGCAAAAGUCCAGUGAAUCAGUCGAAUCAUUCUGUGGAUGCCAAAGAAUAUUUUGACCAUAACACAGCACAGCCUGGACCUGACAACUUGUCACUUGGACUUUUUUUUAAAUGGAGCUCUUUAGCAACCAAGUAUAGAAACAUGUUCAUUGCACACGUCCAAGAGGCGAGCCCAAGCUCUUGGACGAGGAUGCUGUUCUGCUGCUGGUGUUGGAUUUCAGAUCCCCGGGCUGGGCCCACUGUGAGCUCUCCUGAACUCUGAGACUCACUGUGGGAGGAGACUGAUGGCGAAACCAGCGUGGCAAAAGUGUUAACCAUGGGGUUGCCCCCACGUGACACACAAAGCGCAAAUCAGCGGGAUGGGGAAGCAGCUCGAGCACCCAUCCCCGACUCCAAAUUUUCAAGGUACGACAGUGGCAUGAUCAUCGACACUCAGUUUCAUGUGAAUUUUAUCAAAACAGGAAACAAAGACAACGACUAAGUUUAAAGGGUCGGACAGAUUUGUCCAGUCGGAGCAGACUCGGAGUGGGCUUCGAGGACUCUGGGCGUUGGGAUGGCAUGAGCUACCAUGUAGAGUUUAGUCUGCCUGCCCGCCCACCUUGGUAGUAGUGGCCAGUGCAGUGUCAGCAUCAGCGUCCCAACCCCAUUCUCUGUUUACUGCCUUUGAAUAGACCUUCCUUCCCCGUGCUUCGGGUCACCUCGGGCCACAACCUUGUCUGUGCUGGAUUGCUCGGUCUGACCUCACAGGAAGCAAAGGGACGAGCUUUAAAGAACAACCAAACUCUGCCGGGGGAUGGGGGUGCCAGGAAUGGCUCGGGUCCGGUAGACCCAGUACUUGCCUGUUUACCCUUCAUCCGUCCUGAGGCAGAGUCUGGGCUCCCUGGGGGUGAGGGUAGGGAGAGAACCAGGGUGGGAAGGUAGUGGGUCUGGCCAGGGUCUGGACUGGGUGGGCCAGGCCAGGCAGCCAGCACUCUUCAGAGGGGCUCUACUCAAGUCGGCCUCUGGAUUCCGACCCUCUUCCCGAUUGGCUCUUGCUUUGGAUUGAACUAUCCCCGGGGCCCACAUCCUGCACGGAGUCCAAGUGUCUGUAAGGCUGGCUGGCCGGGGUCUCCCAGGCCACGCCCUAGAGCUGUCCUUGCCUGGCAGCUGUCCAUCCCUAGGAUGUCCACCGGGCUGCAAGAGGACAAGGAUACCGGUUCCCACUGCUGCCCUUUCUGCUGUUAGCCACAGCCCCUUCGCUCUUUUUCCAGCCUGCCGACGGCUUUGCCGCCUCGGAGGUUAAGAUGGGAAGCUGGGAAGAAGGCAGGAGGCCUUUUCCAGACCAGAGGCUGAGGCAGAUCUUUUGCUUGACCGUGUCUGCCCACACUCACUGGCCCUCCUCAGGGAGGGAGAAGCUGCUCUGGAACUCAUCCGGGCUGUCGCCACCCUCCCAGUCCCCACUGUCCACCUCCUUCCCCCUCAUCACAGUGAGAGAGGAUAAUGUGCGAGGAAAGUAUUUUUAUGGAUCAUAAAUGUAUUUUAGAACAAAUAAGGAGAAGAAAGGUAGAAGGGUUUAUUUUACUAAACGAGCUCUGACUCAGUGACAGUGUGUGAGCAUUUGCAGUGUAAAGGUCUCAGGUUCCUUGGAGAAGCCACCCAGGUUUCCAAACAUGGGUGUUGGACUGUGGAUGUGUGAGCCUGUUCCAGAGCACACCUUGUGUGUGUCCGAGUGCAUGCGUAUCUGUGUGUGUCGUGUAUGGGCACACGAUGGGACUUGGGGGACAAUUUCUAGAGAAUCACCUGCUCGAUUCUAACAGACAUUGGCAGCAGCUGGAUUUGGCAUUUCCUUGCUUACUGCCAGAUGUGGCCAACCUCUGCCCAUACCCGAAGCUCUGUAGAAUGGCCUGGGUGCCUGUAGCAAGGCCCUUGGGGAGGCCACUUCCCAUGCCCCUGGCCCAGCUGGCCACAUUGGCCAAAGAGUCAGGCUGGAGUCUGGGACCUUUGGUUGUUCUUUAAGGCACUUCCUGCUACUUUGUCCCUCAGAUGCACAACACUCUGUGCUCCACAUCGGCUCGGGGUGGGGGGAUGAUAUGAAUGUCGCAGGAGGAGACACCUUCUGUCUUUGUUUCAAUGAAAGUGAUGUGCCAUUUGUUAAUAUACAAGAGAAAUAUUGAAAAUAUAUUGAAAAGAGCAAUUUUAAAUUAUUUUUGGCUUAUGUUGCAAUAUUUAUUUUCUUGUAUUAGAAAAGAUUCCUUUGUAGAGAAAAAAUGUAUUUUUCAUUAACGCAAAAACCUAUUUCUCCUUUUUGUACAUUGUCCAUGUUCGCUACCCUUCACGAGCAAUAGAAUGUAUGGCCGCCUGGGGGUGGCCGGUGCCCGCGUGCCCUGCAUGAUUCUGUGUUGCCGCUGCUGCGUAGCUCCCAGUCCCAUCCUGUCCUGCUCACUCAUGGGGGUCUUCCAGAGCCCAGCCCCCACUAUGGCCCGUGUCUUCAGGACCCCUCUGCACUCCUCGUGUGUUGGCAAACGCAGUUAAUAAAGCGAUGUUUUCUGUG